UCCCUCACACUGGCCAGAGCGGAGAUGGCGGCGACGGCGGCGGCGGCGGCCCGAGCGGUGUUUUUGUCCGCGGCGCGGAAGCAGCUCUGGGGUUUCUCCAAGAGGCUCUUGGUCGGAGGCCCUGCAAGGCAGUCAUUAAAUUUUGGAGGAAACAGAUUGAGAAGUACACAGGCUGCUACACAAGUUUUUCUGAAUGUUCCUGAAACGAGAGUAACCUGUUUGGAGAACGGACUCAGAGUGGCCUCUGAAGACUCUGGGCUCUCAACAUGCACAGUUGGGCUUUGGAUUGAUGCUGGGAGUCGAUAUGAAAAUGAGAAGAAUAAUGGAACAGCUCACUUUCUGGAACAUAUGGCUUUCAAGGGCACCAAAAAGAGAUCCCAGUUAGAUUUGGAACUUGAGAUUGAAAACAUGGGUGCUCAUCUCAAUGCCUAUACCUCCAGAGAGCAGACUGUAUAUUAUGCCAAAGCAUUCUCUAAAGAUUUGCCAAGAGCUGUAGAAAUUCUUGCUGAUAUAAUACAAAACAGCACAUUGGGAGAAGCAGAGAUUGAACGUGAACGUGGAGUGAUCCUUAGAGAGAUGCAGGAAGUCGAAACCAAUUUACAGGAAGUUGUUUUUGAUUAUCUUCAUGCCACAGCUUAUCAAAAUACUGCACUUGGACGGACAAUUUUGGGACCAACUGAAAAUAUCAAAUCUAUAAAUCGUAAGGACUUAGUCGAUUAUAUAACCACACAUUAUAAGGGACCAAGAAUAGUUCUUGCUGCUGCUGGAGGAGUUUCCCAUGAUGAACUGCUUGAAUUGGCGAAGUUUCAUUUUGGUGACUCUUUGUCCCCAGACGAAGGAGAAAUACCAGCUCUGCCUCCCUGCAAAUUCACAGGAAGUGAGAUCCGAGUGAGGGAUGACAAGAUGCCUUUGGCACACCUUGCAAUAGCUGUUGAAGCUGUCGGUUGGGCACAUCCAGAUACAAUCUGUCUCAUGGUUGCAAACACAUUGAUUGGCAACUGGGAUCGCUCCUUUGGAGGAGGAAUGAAUUUAUCUAGCAAGCUGGCCCAGCUCACCUGUCAUGGCAACCUCUGCCAUAGCUUCCAGUCUUUCAACACUUCCUACACAGAUACAGGAUUAUGGGGAAUCUACAUGGUUUGUGAACCAGCCACUGUUGCAGACAUGCUCCAUGUUGUUCAAAAAGAAUGGAUGCGACUCUGUACAAGUGUCACUGAAAGUGAAGUUGCACGAGCCAAAAAUCUUCUGAAAACAAACAUGUUGCUGCAACUUGAUGGUUCCACUCCCAUCUGUGAAGAUAUUGGUAGGCAGAUGUUAUGCUAUAAUAGAAGAAUUCCCAUCCCUGAGCUUGAAGCAAGAAUUGAUGCUGUAAAUGCUGAGACAAUUCGAGAAGUAUGUACCAAAUAUAUUUAUGAUAAGAGUCCAGCUGUUGCUGCUGUUGGUCCCAUUGAGCAGCUACCAGAUUUUAACCAGAUUCGCAGUAACAUGUGUUGGCUUUGUGAUUAAGUUUCUUAAUAAAAAUAUUUUGAACACAUA